CCGCUCGCUCUUACAUACGACUGAGGGUUGUGAAGACAAUUCACAGUGCUAUCCUUUUCUAUACUUCAGUGACGAGAUCAAUCUGACGUACUCUUGGUCAUCGAAUCUCGAGGUCUAUAAUGUGCUAAUUUGCAGGUUCCCGGCCGAGCGAUCGCACGAUCAUGGCCACCACAAUCAUAGAUGGAAGCCUGCCUAUAUCAAAGCUCUCGCCAUCGCUACCGGAUUGCGACAGCAACACGAUCAGAGCCAUUGUGACACUCAUAUGGCCAUACAGCUCGUCAACUCGGAGCUGCGCCCUUCUCCUCGCCGAGCGGGACUUUAGACUGCGUCGACACAAAGGCCAGGUCAGAGUCCAGCUAUCGGGAACCUGUGCCCGUCGAGUCGCUGAGUCUGGAGUCGGAAUCGGAGAUGAAGUCGUACUGAGCCUAAGAGGUGCCAAAUGGCUAAAGAAUGAUGGCGUCAUUCAGACGCCUGGCAAGAGUGUAGACUGGGAGUUGAGAUACGAGCAAAAGCUGGACCUGGAGAUUCGAAAAGACUCACAAACACAUACCAUCCUCAAGGUUGAUCGCAGCUCAUCCCCUGGAGACUGUCCGUCGGCUGGUUUAGGUAGCAUAAAAAGGACUUUAGGGCGGGUUCAGAGAUCCUCCGAUCAGUGGGCCUCACCAGCGUUUGCAAAGCAGCGUCUUCCUAGCGGGACAUAUGAGCAAGUCUUUGACCUAUUUCACGACCGCGAACGAAAGAGAAGGAGGGUAUCAUGGCGUGGUUCCAGUGAAUGGAGGCUCGUUGAUGGCGAGAUCAGUCCCGCAAAGGGCGAUACUUUAUUGGCAGAUGAUGAGGAAAUUCUAACAGAUGCCUGUGAAAGACCUUCAAUGUCGCCUCUCCAACAUCUUUCGACAACUAGAGGAGGAACUUCUCCUUCCCAGUCGAAUGCUCUCAAUAGCAAUAUGGCAGUGUUGGCUGGAUCCGAAACUGGUUCACUCCUAAGGCCCAUACAUUUUGACCUGUUCAAGGUAGCCGGUCCAGAAUCUCCUCCACCGGAGAUUGGAGAACUUAUAGAUGCGCCGCAUCCAGCAUUCCAGUCGCCUGACACAGCUCACAAUUUUGUGGAAUCCUCUGCACCAGGAAAUCUAGUGACUAAAGAUGCUACUGAAAGCCUACCUCGACCGACCGACCAUGCGCGUACUGAGGAACAUGUGUCCAGCACACUUUCCAAGACCGAGUCAGGAACUACAGAGGCUAGAAAAGUCAAUGCUGGCGUCGACGGAGUAGAUCAGGGAACUCAAGUUUUGGACACUGCAAAGCUUCACGAAAUUAUUCGGGGAGAGCCGUUCUCGCAUACACGGCAUUUUACACGGCAUAGUCCGGACACUGUGGACUAUGCAGACUUUGAGGACGAUGAAGAUGAAAGUGACGACGACAGAUUUGCAGCCGCGUAUGAUAGUACAGACGUGGAUGAGACCGAGGACGGAGACGAGGACGAAGAUAAAGACGAAAUAUACGACGACAAAGAACAGGAUUCGAUGAUCGGAAUAGAGAAAGACAUGGAUGACCGGGGUGAUAGUGAACACGCUUCUCUGCGAUCUGAUUCUGAUGAGGCCUCAGAAGAGGUUGACACCAGUGGUGAAGAUGGAAUAGACAGCGAGGACGAGCAGUCACAGAAUAUGGGACGAUCAACACAACACGAUAGGAACUCUCAAGCUACUCUUGUCAUUGUCGACCUUGCAAACGAUAGCGAUGAUCAGACUGAAGAAGUCGUUCCAAGACCUGCGCGGACAAAACACGUAAUCGACCCUUCGAUCGGCCACAAUGGGGUGGGCGACAGCGAUCAAGGUCAGCUUCGAACUCUGUCGCUGCCCGAACAGCAUCUCGCUCCAAAAGUCGACACUGCAAUGAAGCCCACAUACUUAUCACCGAAUACGUCCGUUCCUCUAAGCAAUACCGCUCCCCACACUCCUAUAUUGGAUCCACUGAAGUCCCCAGUGCUGCCUCUCGUGUCACCAUUUCCGCAUGAUUUCGCACCUUCACUGGUUGAGACUUUACUUGGGCCUGACAGCCAACACAUGACCGCGGGGCUCUCACAGACUGCUAUCAUUGCGAACCGGCCAGAAAGUAUUUUCAGCCUGCAGUCCCACGUGCAGAUACUGCAAGACAAUACAUCAACGGCUCCAGAGAAAGAUCAGGAAGGUUCCGAAUAUGUUGGGGCACAAGCACUAGCUUUAUAUCGUCAAGACUUUCAGGAUUCGAUAGGGACGCUUGUUCAUGAACCUCAGCACGACCCGCAUAAGACUAAUAUACGUAUCAGUGAUCUGAGCAGAACUGCAGAAAACUUACUACAAGACAAUACAGAUGUCGCAGCUCCAAAUAUUAAUGACGAAAUCUCGAUCCAGGGGUCCAUUGUAAGCAUCGUAAACCAUUCAAAGCAGCAUAGUGUGGAUUCUAUUCAUCAAGCAUCUGAAGAUUCUCGAGCUGUCACUCGAUCGGCAGAAAAUGGGACAGAAGAGAUAGAAGCUCAAUCUCGCGAGGAUUACCAAGCUUGCCGUUUGUCUGUUUCCGCAGCGGACGAGUCACAACUUGAUCGAGGAAGGGUAAUAUAUGAAGCCGCUAAUGGAAAGAUGCACCCGCCUAGUAGCAGCUUCAUAUCGCCCCAGUCGAGCACCAAUCCAGACAUAUAUGGAAUUCCACCUUCUACAGAGACAACAAUUAUCGAUCUUGGCAGCGACGACGAAGAUAGUGAAGUUGAUCAUAACAGAUCUAUCUCUAAAGACCAACCCCCGGACACUGAAACUUCGGAGGAUCAUCUUUCGAUGCGAACCUCGCAGGAUCAGGCGGAGGAUACUGACAUAUGCGAUAACGGUACGAACGAGGGCCGCGAUGAGGAAUAUACUAGCCUACACACUGGUGGAGAUGCUAGAGAUGGCUAUGAUUAUGGCGAAGACGUCGACAAUGCUUUGUCAUCGCCAUCAUCAUCGCUGUCUAGUUUGCCAGAACUUUCUGUGUUGUUAACACAGACAGCGUCUCAGCACAAAGCCCCCCAACAUCGAGUGAAAGGCAAAGUAGAGCCGCCGAAGUCGUCUCUGAAAGGUAGCAGAAGAUCUACAGAACAUGUCUUAUUUGUCAAAGACUCGGAGGAGCCCAGUCUGCUCUCAGAUGCAACAAUCUCUACGCAAGUUACCUCUGAUGCCGAUACGGAUUUCCCCGGCGACUUACGUGAUCAUGAAACUGGCACAGGUUCUAUGGCAGUGGUCAAUGCUGUCGAUGAUGUUCCCAUUACUGAUACGAUACGAAACUGGAAGGAUCUAGACUCGGAUAUGCUUCCCGAUAGAAACCCCGUGGAACCACCGCAAGAGCCUCAAAUCACACAAGCAAUAUCUCAGGUAGUCUCCGAUACUUAUGUUUCGCGACCAGGAGAUCUUAAUCUCGACUCACCCCUUUCGUCUGGGGCUAAUGAGACGGAAGCCCCAGUUGACCUGCCAGACACAAAAGGAUUCGAGAACAUCACAGGGCAUGACCUCGACCUUGACCUAGCAGACUAUUCACAGGACCAUACACCAAGUAGUUUUCACGGGCAAGAGGUUGUUUCAACUCCAUCAGCUAAAAUUAUUGCAUAUGCUUUAAAUAAAAGACCAUCUGAGCGGAAUGCCGUUGGCUAUGGCGCUAGUCAAGACGAAGUAGUCGACGGGACUACGAGCUAUUCUCCGUCGCAGAUGGAGGACCUUGAUAACCACAGUGUCUCCUCUUACACCACUGCCCACAUACCCAAAGUUGUCUCGUGUCCUCCUCCUCUGGUUAUCGAGGAGACAAAUGUGGACACACAGCCUGACACCCAGGAGGAGUCAUAUGUCCAAAACGCAGUGCAAUUGCUUAUAAGCUCCCCACCGAACAGUACCAAGGAGCCAAUGAUUACCACUGCUCUUUCGCCUCCGAACAUGCAAAUAGCCCACCUCAUCUCGUCUCCUCCUGCGACCAUCCAGGAAACAUAUGAUGCUCGGACACAAGAGGAUUCCGCAGGAGCUUCCCAAAGGCUCCCGGCGAACAGGGUUCACCAUCAAAGUGAUAACGAGCCGUACUCCCCACUCAACGACUCUCGUCUCGUGGAAGUGAACACCCAAGUGAAUGGAGAAGUGAACUUUGAACCUGACUUGCCUGGCCCAGAGAGGAAUUAUGUGCCGGACUCCGUGGUUACCUACUCGAACCUAAAGCUUCCCUCGCAAGUGUCCACUCCUCAGUUUAUCAUAAGUAAUGACUAUUCUGCGACGAGGUUCGAAACUCUCCCAUAUACACCAGACCCGAGUCAGCUGGAGACUAAUGGUCUAAGAGAGUACUCCCAAUUAGCUCAAGUUGACAGUAUCAUGCCAAUAACACCUCAAUUAACGCAACAAACCAAUUCGGAUUUUUCGAUGAGAUCCCACGACUCAGAUGUCGGCCAAGAGCUGGAGAUGAUGCAAGAAGGCGAAGGUCAACUACGCACUGGGGCUCCAUAUCGUCCCGGUUUGCAGAAUGAGCAAGUCACACCGGCCGUAACUAAAGAUAACACAACGAAGGACGUCGAAACAGAUCAGAGUCCCAAGGGUUCCAGGCCCAAAAGGAAAAGUGAUGUUCCUAGGAUUCUAUCGCCAUGGUUCGCCCCGAGUAGCGGAAAUCAACCCAAAAGCCUACGGGCGAACGAAAUCAAGGAAGUAUCUCAGGGUAUAGGAACCCCAAGCCCACAAUUGAGUGAUUCGCCUUCACGUCAUCUGCGCUCCCACUCAAAGAAAGUUUUGAAGGAGAAUGUCAACAUUUCGCCCAACAAGACCAACGACGAUGCUUUGACGUCUCCAUCAAAGCCAGUAGCCGGACAUACACAGGGCUUGCGGACCUCGAUGUCUUACUAUAGUCCCCUUCUAUCCAUUCAAGGACACCUCAACGGCCAUACGGCUUCACUCGAUGUACUUGCCCUCUGUUUGACGAUCAACAAGCGAUCUAUGCGCACACCUAAAGGUGCGCGUGACUAUUACACCUCUUUCUUCAUCACAGACACAAGUAUAUACCCCCAGCGCCGUAAUGUGCAGUGUUUCAGGCCGUGGAAAGCCGCUCUCCCUGAGACUGCGCCCGGUGACGUCGUCUUGUUGCGCGAGAUGAAAGUUCGAGGUUACAAGACCAAAAAAGGCGACAGUGCUACUGGACUUUACAGCGGCGAGGGAAGCGCGUGGUGCGUCUGGAGAUUUGACGAAAGUGCUCAAGACAAUAAGCCAAUCUGGGCUGUCAAGCAUGAUGCCGGGACAAGGCUUGGCAAGGAGGAGAUCAAAGGCCCACCAGUAGAGAUAGGCGACGACGAAAGGAAGGAGGCGAGGAGACUAAGGCAGUGGUGGCUCGAAGAGGUUCGAGAGGACGUCGACGAGAGCACCUUCGCUCUAGGCAUUCCCGAGAGUGAAGACAAUGCGUUCUUGCAAGCACAGAACUGAGUUAUAUCAGAGGCUAGACCAGGUCUGAGCUUCUUAUCAAGAACAGUGGUGCAUUCUAUCUUGAUCAACAGGUAUCCACCGUGCCAACACGUACAUGUUUUAUAUAGUUACCUACAUUCGACAGCUAAUUGUCAACAUUCUCAUGGUCAUGGAAACGCGGCUAUUGAACCGCAUAGAGGCGGGCGUAUCUCGAACUAGCCAGAAAAUCAACAGAUCUUC